AUGUCUGAAUCAACAAACCCCUCAUCCGUAGCCGUAGCGGCUCCCCCGGAAUCCAGUGCCACAGUAAAUCCAACCACCGUAAUGGAAAGUCCAACGCCAGCGACGCCACCAGAAAAUACUACUGGAAGUGCCCCGGCGCCAGCCGUGGCUUCCGCUGCUCCCGCUGUCGCGGCGGCUCAACCGGAUAUCGAAGCAGACGUGAGUUUUCCUUUUUGGUUGGGUUUGGUAGUUGACUGACGGUUGGGUCUCAAGGAAAUUGAUGCGUUGGAGGGUGAUUCGGCUUUUGGGGAUGAUGCUUCGUGAGUUCUAUCUUUGCCUUUUCGUUGUGUGGUGCCCCGGUCGGAAUCUUGUUGGUUAGUUGGUGUUGUGGAGAAGAGAACUGAUAUGAGGACUGAUAUAGAGAGACAAGUUCACGCACUUCGUUAUCGUCUGGUGUGACUAGGUACCGGUUAGUAACUACCUACUUCAUCCUCGUUUUCUUCUACGUGCAUUUACUUUCAGGUUGUGACUAACUUCUUAUAACAGAGAAGAGGUAUAGUCUCCCCCAAGUAUCCCAGUGUCCAUAUGAAUACUAAUGGCCACAUAGCACGGGAGGAGAUACCACGCUUAUCGAGAUGGAAAAUAUCUGAUCGUACGUUUCUAUCGAUAUAAGUCCCGCGGAAAUUGUGAUUGAGACUAACAUCACAAAGCCCAAUGACGAAACAGAACAAGAUCGUUUGGACCUGGUAUGUUAUUCUCCCUCUUACCCACUCCCGUUGAUCCACUCUCACCACCACAACAUUUCUAACAAAAAUCACUACAGCAUCAUCACGUCUUCAAUCUCGCUUUUGACGGCAAACUCGUCCAUGCGCCGAUCAAGAACCCGAGUCGAGUCCUAGAUGCUGGGACUGGGACCGGGAUAUGGGCCAUUGAUUUUGCUGAGUGAGUAUUCUUUAUGUUCGUUCAGUAGAUUGUAUUGGAUGAUAGUACUAAUGCCUUUUGCAAAGUCAAUACCCAGAAGCUCAUAUCAUAGGAUCGGACUUGUCGCCUAUUCAACCUGGAUGGUAUACUCCCCCCUUUUCUCAUUACUUUCGCCUCUCGCUACCUAGUCGCCACCUCCCCUUUUGCCCCACUCUUACCCGAAGUUCGCUCCCUACACCUCAUUACUCCUCCCCCUCACCCCUUUCUCGUCCUCCAAGCGAGAUACUCGCCCAGCCAUCCCAGCUCACCACUCCUCACUAACCCAGCCCACCAGGAUCCCACCCAACCUCGAAUUCGAAGUCGACGACCUAGAAGACACCUGGCGCCACAAGCCCUUCUCCUACAUCCACAUCCGCUCCCUGGCCGGCUCCAUAAAAGACUGGCCGCGACUCCUCUCCCAAGCCCUCACCCACCUCGAACCGGGCGGGUACCUCGAAGUCGUCGAAUUCGAAGUCCUCCUCCGCAUCCAAAACGAGCACGAAAUCGCCUUCCCGCCCAUGAUAAAAAAAUGGCAGGAAGGGCUCCACCAAGCCGGCGAAGCCAUCGGACGGUCCUUCGACAUCGCGCCGCGACUCAAGGACAUGUUGAGUGAGGCGGGCUAUGUAGGCGUGCAUGGGGAGGUGACGCGUGUGCCGAAUAGUCCGUGGGCGAAGGAGAAGCGGUGGAAGGAGUUGGGGCUGUAUCAGCAGCAUCAGAUGCUGGAUGCGACGAGUUCGUAUGGACAGGCGCAUUUUACGAGGGUGUUGGGGUGGAGUAAGCAGGAGUUUGAUGUCAUGAGUGCGUGUUGUCGCAGGGAGUUGAAGGAUUUGAGGUAUCAUACUUAUUCGGAUUUGUAUGUUUGUUAUGGGCAGAGGCCUUUGUGAGGGGGGAUUGAGGUUAUUUAGGCGAGUGUUGAGUGGGGAUGAGAUGGUG